AUGAAAGGUAGGGUGGGCAGGAAGAAGGCAGUCACUGCAGAGCAAGUGAAAGCAAAGCUCUUGCAGGUGCCGCUUUCUCAACGCACAACACUACGAUCGAUUUCGGAACGCACAGGAACAAGUUUGGGGUCGUUGCACCGAUACCUUAAAAUGGGCUUGUUUCGUUCCCACUCCAACGCGAUUAAACCAUUGCUGACUGACGCAAACAAGUUCGCCCGUUUGAAGCAUGCGGUCCAGUUCGUCGGCUCCUCGUUAGAGCUGAACAAUAUGCUCCAGUACGUGCACUUGGACGAGAAGUGGUUUUACCUCACCAAGGUGAGCCGUAAGUAUUAUCUCGUACCUGGAGAGAAAGAGCCAAAACGAGAGUUCAAAAGCAAACGGUAUAUUACGAAAGUAAUGUUCCUCUGCGCUGUGGCUCGUCCUCGGUACGACUGCGUCACCGACAAGUGGUGGGACGGCAAGAUCGGCGUAUGGCCAUUUGUGGCGACCGUCGAAGCGCAACGUGACAGUGUGAACCGUAGAGCUGGAACUCUCGAAACCAAGUUAGUCGUCGUGACAAAGGACGUGUACUGUACCGUCUUGCUGGAAAAGGUCUUGCCUGCCAUCGUCGCCAAAUGGCCAGAGGUCGACAAAACCAUCAAACUGCAGCACGACAAUGCCCGAGCUCAUGUUACGCCAUCGGACUCCGAGCUCCAAGCCGCCUUCAACAAGUACCGGUGGUUGGACUGGAUGAUGUCCCUCGCCCUGCAGCCGCCAAACUCUCCGGACACAAACGUCUUGCAUCUCGGUUACUUUGCGGCCAUCCAAUCCCUACAACACCACAAGUCAGCGCGCACAAUUGACGAGCUCGUAGGCCACGUGGAGUGCACGUUCGAGGAGUACCCCUUGGUGCGUUUGAAUCACACGUUCUUGACGCUUCAGUCGUGCUUGGUGGAGACCUUGAAGCUGUUUGGCGGCAAUGGCUACAAGGUGCCAUACAUGUCUAAGCACAAGGAAGAGCGCAAGGGGAUGUUACCGGAGAACGUGUUGUGCCCGAGCGAAGUCUUCGAUGCAGCCAUGGUCAAGUUGGACGGGAUGACGUCUACUGAGCUGCGUCGUGUCCUGGCAACCGAAUUUGACGACGCUCGUUGCAUCGACGAGCUCGCGCAGGCACUCGAAUCAGUUGCGCUGGGCGGCGAGCAGUUGGACAACAUGAUCACAGUCCUAGAUGAAGCAGGAAUCGAUCCAAUCAGUGUAGAAGAUGACGAGUAA